GCGGCGGCGGCGCGGGAGCGGCGGCGGGAGCAGCUGCGGCGCUGGGAGGAGGCGGCGGCGGCGGCGCCGGGCCCGGGCCGCGCUCGGCCGGGGCCGGCCCGGGUCCGCUUCGAGCGGCAGGCCGAGUUCCGCGCCGCCUGCGCAGGCGCCGAGCUGGCCGAGGCGCGCGCCAUGGUGAUGGCGCCCGAGGGCGGCGGGCGCGCGCUGCUGGGCGGGGCCAACGCCGACGGCGUCAGCGCGCUGCACCAGGCCUGCAUCGAUGAGAACAUGGAGGUCGUGCAGUUUCUGGUGGAGAGCGGCGCCGACGUCAACCAGGCCGACAACGAGGGCUGGACCCCCCUGCACGUGGCCGCGGCCUGCGGGUGCCGCCACAUCGCCCAGUACCUGCUGGAGCACGGGGCCGAUGCCGCCGCCCUCACCUGUGACCAGUCUCUAACCCACCUUCCCCAACCCCGCAGGCCGUUCCAGCCGCCGGCGCGGGACGAGGAGUCGGAGUCGCAGCGCAAGGCCCGGAGCCGCCUGAUGCGGCAGGCGCGGCGCGCCACGCAGGGCGUGACCCUGCCCGAGCUGCGGGCGGCGGAGCACGGGAUUGGCCGAGGCGCCGAGGGGGGGGGGGGGCAGCAGCCAAUCAGGGACCAGGAGGGGCGGGAGCCCAACCGCCAGGAGCGAAGCGCCGAGCGCCCGGCCCGGCUGGAGCUGGAGAGAUUCGUGAGUAGAGACGCCCAAAAANNNNCGGCGGAGCUGGAGGAGGAGCUCAAGGCGCUGUCGGACCUGCGCGCCGAUAACCAGCGGCUCAAGGAUGAGAACGCGGCGCUGAUCCGCGUCAUCAGCAAACUCUCCAAGUGACCCCAAAACCCCCGAAUCCGCCCCAAAAAACCCCAAAUCCGCCCCAAAAAACCCCCAAACCUCCCCCAGCGGGGGCGUGGCCAAACCGAGAAGGGGGCGUGGCCAAUGGAAAUGGGCGGAGCCAAUCGCGGCAGGGGCGUGGCCAAUCACAGAAGGGGGCGUGGCCAAAGCGGAGUGGGCGGAGCCCCGCGUCAAUUGCACUGAAUGGGAACCCGCCAAAGGGGGCGUGGCCAAACGAAGGGGGCGUGGUCUGUGAGCGCCAGGCCCCGCCCCCGCCCAUCCCCGCAUGCCAAUCACGUGCCG